AAUUAAUUCAUAUAAAGACGCUGCUAGAAAAGCCAAAGCAUGGAGAGCCGUGAGUCUGCAAGUGGAAAUUCCAGACCUAACAGAACGUGUAUUUGAGUUGAAAAGGCAUUGGGUUAAUCGGCUAGAUAUGACACUUAACUGUACGCAAACAUGAGUUGUUUUGAGUUUGGUGAUCUGCACAAAGAGGACUGUCGCAGGAGAUGGAAGAGCUUGCGGGACAUGUUCAUCAAAGACAAGCGUGCGGAGCAGCGCCGGCGAGCCUCGGGAACGUCCCACCGCAGCUGGAAGUACAGCUGGCAGAUGUCAUUCCUGACGCCCUUCAUCCAGUCCCGAUCGCUGGCCUCCGACGAGCCCGAGGAAGACCGAGACGAAGAGGACAAGGAGGAGGAGACGACGGCGGACGGGAACUCCUCAUUUGUGGCGCAGGACUUUGAGGGCGAUCACGGGAUGCUGGACGGAUCCUCGCACUACUCGGCGUCGGGAUCGCAGGGUUCGGGACGCAAGAGGAAGUGGCAGAUGGAGGCCAACGAGGACUUGGAGGACGAGAUGUUCUUGUUUAGUUUACUGCCGUAUCUCAGGCGGCUGCCUUACGCCAAGAAGAGCGCCGUCAAAUUAAAAAUCCACCAGCUGUUGUAUGAGGCGGAGUUUAAGUGAUGUUCUAUAGUUUCUUAAUAUUUUUCUAUCUUUUAUUGAAAUUCUAUCCACUGCGUUUUUUAACAUUCAUAACAUAUUGUAUCGAUGCUGGUAGAUGUUUGUUUCAUCAGAGAUCAAUGAUUAAACAGACAUGUGCACUA